CGCUCACUAACAGCUCUCUGUCACCCUAUUUCAGCAUUCACCCCACCUUGCAGCUUCUUACGCUCAUUCUCUCCUUAAAAUACCCUUGAUGGCAUCACAGAAGACAAUAUCCGCCCUUGCGGAGAUCGAAUCCUCCGCAAACCCCCAGAAUAAACUGCAACUUUACAACGAUCUCCUCUCCACAACGGUGUCAACCACUUCAGAACCACAACUCGCCAACGACCUUAUAUACUACCUUGACUCGGUUCUAAGUGAAGACAUCAGUAUUGUUACCGCCCGUCCUAUCCUUGACUCCUUCAUCGGUGUCUUGCAAAAACUCAACGCCGAAACCCAGAUCAAAGUCGGUCAGCAUGCCGUCUCCCUCCUCCAGUCCCGAUCUACAUCCGUUGAAGAGCAAGACGCCCGGAUCCGCGAGAUUCUAGCAGAUGCCUACGAAGCAGAGGAGGAAUAUGCCGCAGCCGCGCGAGCACUACAGGGGAUCCACAUUGACAGUUCACAGCGCUUAGUCUCCGAUUCAGCCAAAGUGCGGUUAUGGAUACGGAUUGUGCGAUUGUAUCUAGAGGAAGAUGACACCACAAGCGCAGAGUCAUUUCUUAACCGAAUUAAGAACCUACCGAGUAAGAUUGAAGAUCACGAGCUGAAACUACAUUUCAAGCUCUCCCAGGCCCGUAUCCUCGACGCCCGUCGACGUUUCCUAGACGCCAGCCAGGAAUACUUCAACGUAAGUCUUGCAGCUGGCGUUGAUGAAAGUGAUCGAUUACAGGCUCUGGCCGCUGCGAUCCGGUGUGCAGUGCUGGCUCCCGCAGGGCCUCAGCGUUCUCGGACAUUGGCAACAUUAUACAAGGAUGACCGUGCAACCUCUGUGGAGGAGUUUGGUAUUUUGGAAAAGAUGUUCCUCGACCGACUGUUGAACCCGGAGGAGGUAGCUGCUUUUUCGCAGCGACUGGCCCCGCACCAGCUCGCGCGGACUGCAGAUGGAACAACGGUGCUUGAUAAGGCGGUGGUGGAACACAACCUCGUUGCUGCGAGUAAACUUUACGAGAACAUCACUACCGACGCACUGGGCGUGAUUCUUGGGCUGAAAGCAAGUGGAGACCUAACGGCUGGUGAGAAGGCAGAGGCCUAUGCGGCUCGAAUGGUCGAACAGGGUCGACUCAGUGGCAGCAUCGACCAGAUUGAUAGUGUGAUAUACUUUGAAUCAAACACAGCUGCUAUGGGCCGUCAUAUUCGACAGUGGGAUGCGGGAGUUCAGGGGCUUUCAGAGGGCGUGGAACGUGUAGCAGCGAGUAUAGCAGAAGGGUUCCCGGAUUUUGCUAUUGCACAGACAGCGCAAUGAGAAAAUGGAAUAGCCAGAGUAAUGAAGAAGUGAUGAUCAGAUACCAGCUAGCCAGUGAUGCUGGUUCCUCCUAGAGACACCUCCUAGAGACACCUCCCAGAGACAUGCUCUCUCAUAGAAAAUAAAUCUAUUGCCUCUACGAUCAAAAUGAAACGG